UGUGAAACAAUCAUGCAGGAGCUGAAUAACGUGGCCGUAUCUGAUACUGAAGAAGAGCAGGAUGGCUUUUCAUUUCACCAAGAGGAGGCCCCAGACGAAAUUCCACAGUCACUUCUCAGCUACUUUGAAACCUCAAAAAGUAGAGCAGCAGCUUGUGAGAAGCUCAUCCUGGAGGAACUUGAUGAUCUCACUGCAUCACAUCACGCUGAGGACAUGAGACGAGGAGACUUGCCUACUGAACUUAAUGAGGACACGAUGACACUGAAUAAGCUGGUUAUGUGUGGCGCAGAAAAUGAGGAGAACAACACUUUCACUGACACCCGCCUUCUUCCUGCACCCACAGAAACAGAGGCACUUUUCACUCACAAUGUGUCAGUGUGUAACAACAAAGAAGAUGAAACUGGAACAGAUGAAUAUACAGAGUGUGAGCAACAGUUGGCACUGGACAUGAGAGCCCUUGAGAUGUCACUGAAUGAAGAGGAGAGAAAGAAAAACAAUGAAUAUGAAGUGGAAAGAGAAAAGGAACGCUGUGAGGAAAUGAAGAAGGAGCAGCAGAGAAGACAAAGAGAGGAGGAAUUCCAGGAGGAGCUGAAGAAGAUAAUAGAGACAGAGAAGCUUCAUCAGAAGGAGCUUGAGUUGAUGGGGAAGAGGGCUGAGGAAAAGCUUGAACAGGAGUUGCUGCUUCGGCAGGAGCUGAUCAGCAACUUACAGAGACACGUGGCGGAAGAGAGGAGGAUAAAGGACGAGGAGCAGAAGAGAAUGAAGAAGGAGAGGGAGAAAAAAAAGAAGGAGGAAGAAGAAAGGAUCAAGAGAGAAGAGGAAAACAGGAGGAAAUUGGAAGAGGUCAAAAGUGAGGCAGAGGCAGAGAGGAAGAGGAUGGAGGAAGAGACGAGGAGGAUGAAAAAAGAAGCAGAAAAGAGAAAAAUAGAAGAAAUUAGACUUAAGGAAGAGGAAGAAAGAAGAAAAAGGCAAGAGGUGGAGAGGAAAAAGAGGGAAGAAGAGGAAAAGAGGAGGAUAGAGAAGGAAGAUAAUAAGAAAAAGGAAGAGGAAAGAUACAAGAUAGAGUUGGAAAAGAAGAAGAUGGAGGAUGAGAUGAGGAUGAUGAUGGAGAUAGAGGAGAGAAAUAAGAGGAUAAAGGAGGAGGAGGAGGAGAGAAAAAAGGUAGAAGUGGCAAGGAAGAAAUUUGAGGAAGAGAAAAAUAGAAAGAUGGAGGAAGAAAUGAGACUGAAAAUGGAGGAGUGGAGAAAGAGCGAAAGAGAAGAGAGCACAAGGAGAAAAGAGAAAAAUGUGAGAAAAGAUGAAGAGGUUAAGAUAAUAAAGGAGAUUGAAGAAAGGAAAAAGGAGGAUGACAGAAAAAAGAUAGAGGCAGAAAGAAAGAUGUAUGAAGAGAUAAUGAAGAAGAGUGAAAAAGAAUAUGGAGAUAGAGGUGAAGAAAUAAGACCUGAGGAAAGGACAAAAAAGGUAGAAAAUGAGAGGAAAACAAGGGAAGAGGAGGAGGAAAGAAAAAGCAAGACCUCCUCAUGCCCUGUCAGCGAAUCCACAGUCGGUCCCACCAUCACCGAAACUUUACAACAACACGACCUGAACCAGAACAUGAGUCAGAGCCCCAUAAAUAAAACUACGGGCCAAGAAGAUCCUUUCGUGAUAAGCUCUUCCACUUCUUCUUCUUCUUCUUCUUCUUCUGGCUCUCUGCUCCUGUGCCUCCCAGAGCACACGGAGCAGAAGAGGUUGUCGUGGAUGAAGGACUGCAUCCCCUGGUCCAAACUCUCCCUCCAAAACAGGAGGAAGCAGAGAGGAGCCGUCCGAAGUCGGAGAGGGCCGAGGAGGGACGCGGAGGCCAGCUGCCUGCCACCGCUUAGCCCAGAUACUCUGCUUCAGUCCACAGGCUGGAAAACACUACAAGAAGUGACCACAGUGACUCUGGAGGACUUGCCUGGCUGCAGCUUAUCCACGCUUGCCCAGUGUCGUCAACUUCGGUCCCUCACCCUCAGACGCUGCAGCCUCAAAGCCCUUGAAGGCAUCAAUCAGUUACCAGAGCUUUGCUAUGUUGAUGUACAGGAAAAUAACAUCUCUUUUGUGGACUGUGAAAAUAUGACCAGCUUACAAGUUCUUCGACUUGGCCAAAACAGGCUGACAUCCAUCCAUGGUUUGAGUGGUGCUGACAAUCUGGCCGUUUUAGACCUGUCACACAACUCCAUCACCCGGAUUGCUGGUCUGGAGUCUAUGAGGAGACUGCAGAGGUUGUCAGUGGAUCACAACCAGCUGAUCAGUACUAAAGGUUUGAGGGACAUAUACACACUCCUCCACCUGGACUGCUCACACAACCACUUGGUAAGCGUGGAGGGUCUGGAAAACAGCGCUCUGCUCAACACGCUGCACCUGACAGCCAACAGUCUCACUGAGGUCCCUAGUCUGAACAACCAAGUCCUCCUCAGAGAGCUGCAUCUGGAUGACAACAGCAUCGCCUCCCUGCAGGGCCUCACUGCCUGCUGGCUUCCCCUCAUGCAAAUCCUCUCUGUGGCCCAAAACAGAAUUACCCAGCUGCCCUCCAUGUCUGAUUUUGUGUCCCUUGCGAAUCUGGAUCUUCGAUUAAACUGCCUAUCAGAGCUGAAGAAUGUGUGUGAGAGCCUGGAGGGAUGUCAAUUCCUGCAAGAGGUCCACCUUGUGGGGAAUCCUCUUGAGCAGGAGAGUGGCUGGAGAUCUGCUAUGCAAAAAGCAGUGCCUGCUCUAAGGGCCAUUGAUGGCCAGGAGACAGACCCUGUUCUAUCCCCCCCUGCUGUUCAACAGGUCAGCCCGGCCUCAGGCAGCUUCCUAGCGCUGUGUCAGGCUCAGCUUCAGCAGGCUUGUGAUUUACAGCAGCAGCACAAUGAGGAGCUCAGCAAUGCCUCGUUACCCCUGGAUUCUGUAGAGACCCUCUACCGACACUUCACAGAGGCUUUGCAGCUGGCUGAGGACCAGAGAUUUGCCCACGAGUAUGGUGACACUACUGCUGCUGACAAACAAAGAGGUGCAGCAGACCAAACAACUGCAAAGGAAACACUCAACGAGGACAGUAGCAGCGCUGGAAAGUUUAAUGAGCGCCCCGAUAUGGAAUUCACUGGAAAAAUUUCACCACUAAUUCCAAGGGAGGACAAUAUCAGCAGCAGCUAUUGGACCUUGGAGAACUUAGCCACAGAGAGUUGGCAUGACACUGUAGACACUGUUACAGUAGGGCCAAAGAUGAAGUCAGCCGAUAGCAAAGUUAACUGUGGCAGCUUUCAUUCCUUUGCAACAAAGGGAAAAAUGACGUCCGCCAAUCUCAAAAAGGCAGCUGUGUCCAACCAUCGAGACCCAGACCUCAAAAACACAGCAGCAGUUGUGAUUCAGCAGCAGUGGAGGAAAUACAGACAGAAAUGUGGGAACAUCAUCAGCCCCCCCACAGCUGAAAAAAAGGGAGGAGGAAAAGGAGGAGGUGGUGGAAAGCCAAAGUCAGGACCUUCCUGUAAUGAGUGGAACGUUGUUGGCCGCGAUCAUGCAGCAACUGUCAUCCAGGCAUUCUGGAGGGGCUUCACUUUGAGGAGGAGGCUCACAUCUGCUCUUGCUGCUGUCACAUGCCCCAGCACCAGAGAGGAUGACACCUUUGAGGAGGUAGACAUAGAUGAAUUUGUCUAUGAUGAGGGAGCGCUGGACAAAGACUGGACAUUACCGAUCUCUGAGGACUCACCUCCCAGAUGUUACUCUGUGUCAGAGCAGCCUCCUGGGCCCCUUCCUGAAGCCUCCCAGUACAUACUUCCACCACCACCUGUAUGGAGACCCAAACAGGCCUGGUUGGCCGGGGAACAGGGGGACUCCGCUGGGCAGAGAGUUUCCCCAGAGAGCUCUGAUAGAAGCAAAUCCCCUGCUUCAACCUCUAUGCUCAGCGGCCUCUCCAAAAGAUCAGAAAAGAUACUUGAAGAAUGGGGCUUCACUGAUAGCCACACAGCUCUUCAGAUGCUUAAGAGAGCUCAGAAGAUGAAGUCGAAGAAGCAGCAGCAGAGGAAACAUGUGGAUCCCGCCGUCCAGCUAGCCUUGUUUAGAAAAUGCACUUACCAGCUGGAUCCAGUGGAGGCACGACACAGACCUGCACCCCGCAACAGGAACUAUAUAAAAGAUAUCUUGAAGGUCAAGGCCUCACAUCUAGAGACCACGAUGCUCACAGUCAUCCAGCAGUCAGAGAGACGCUGCAACAACUGUGUUUGCCAACAUCGGUUUUCUGAUCCGACUGAGAAGAAUCCUGUAAAAUGCGUAACCCUAACCAGUUCGGUGCUUGAGGAGACGACUCCCGCUGCCUUUUUACAGGGUGACUAUGAGGCAGUGGCGAUGGCGGCAACAGCGAUGAUGUGUCGAGAACUGGCGCUCGGUGCUGUGAUUUUGGGCCUUCGCACCCCCUCCUCCGGAUCCAUCCCCAGUGCCCGGGGCGUAGCCAGCCCAGCCCGGCCCAGCCAGCGCUCCCCGGCAGGGGCUAACGUUUCAGGCUUUGAGUCAAGCCCCUUCUGGAGAAACAUCCCACCUUCUCCCCAACAUUUAGGCAGCUCACUAAUUUCUCUUUUCUUUGCCGCCAUUGUCAUCAAGAAUGUUAUUCAAUCGACAAGAGGAGCUGGAGUUCGUGAAGCUGAGCUGGGCCUUCCGCAAGAAGAGAGGAAUGAGCAAGUGAGGCAGGAACGAGCUCAGGAGUGGCUGCACACCCAAGCUGCUCAGUCUGACAGGGACUCAGAGAGCGAGCAUUUCUUACCGGAGAUCAGCUCAGAUAUUCUGAAUGGAGGCAGAGUGCAGCUUGUGGCUGAACCAGGAUACACAGAACCUCUACAUCACGCCAGUGGAUUGUGGGCCAACAACAGUUUAGCUGCCCAGCCUUGCAAAGAGAACAAUUAUCCUCGCAGAAACUCUUUGGGUCAUGCAAAAAAAGAGAUCCUAUCGCCUAAACGAGUCACGUCUGCUCCAUCAAAAAAGGAUCGCAUCUCUUUUCGAGACCACCCUGUCCAGCUGAGUGGCGGCUGGGGAGGGGGAAAGAAGAGGGACAAAGUGUGCAAGUAA